AUGCCCAAGGAGACGCUGAGGCGCCGCGAGCAGAAGGCCGCGACCUUUGCGGUGCGAUCAGGCACGGCGGAGAGGCGGCCCUUGGAGCCCGAGGAGGCGCAGGCCUUCUUCCGCGCGAUCGACGCCCGGGACGCGGCCGGAUUUGGCAUUCGGAAGCUUGCAGUUCUUGACGUGGAUGGACUGCACCAGGCUCCUGAGUGCAUCACCUGGGAGCGGCGCAUCACGCUCCUGUACUAUGCAGCCUGGAGAAAGCGGGACCACUUCGUGAACGCGCUGCUGCAUGCCAAAGCCGAUCCUUCUGUCAGGGAUGAAGGCCUGCGCAGUCCAAGGCCGGCGCGCAACGAGGGGCCAGCACAGCAGUUGGUGAACGGGCUGAGAAUGGAGUCUGCUGUGUGGCUUUCCCAUGCGAUGGUGCAGCUGCGCUUUCGCGGCAAGCGAGUGCAAAACCUUGGCUUUUGCGAGGAAUGCGGGCAACAGAGCAAAGAUCGAGCUCUGAACGGCUUUGCCGCCAUGCUUGCUUGGCCCUGUGGUCAUCGAUGCUGCGAGGAUUGCUUGUGGAAGCGCUCUUCGCUUGUUGCCAAGGGCAUGUCUGCGGCAGCAGAGCUGCCGUGCCCCAAGUGCCAAGUGGGACCAACUUCGGGGUCAUAUCCAACUGCAUCGCUAGGAGAGGCGGAGCCACCUUCAGAGAAGAAGCAGGACUGGGAGUGUUCCUGUUGUGGCUACACCAACUUUGCUCGACGGCAGUCGUGUCGCAAUUGCCAAGUCCAGCAGUACUCGCAAGCCCCUCUGACAGAGCAGGAUGCUAGCAUGUUGUCAGCAGACAAGGAUGCUUUCAUUCUGCAAUGGCAGCCUUUAAGCAGCUUACAAAGAAGGGAGGCGACGUUGGAACGCUUCAAGGCCCUCCCUACAGAGCCAGUGGAAACGGACACAAAGGACGCAAAGAGCCGGCCCAGGUUCCAGGCGCAACACCCGCGAAGUGCAGCCGCCGCGAAGUUGGGCGACACAAAGCAGGAGAGAACCACCGAGCUUCUGAAGGUCGGCGUCAGUGGUGAUGUGGUGCGGCUUACUGCGCUCCUGGAGGCUGGAGUGGAUUUGGAUGCCACCAACGAGUAUGGACAGACGGCGCUCUUCCUGGCUGCAUGCCACAAUGCUGGUGAGGCGAUCGCUCUCCUUGCAUGGGCAGGGGCAGACUUGGACCGCACUGCAAAUGGAGGCUGUAGUCCUUGGGCUUGUGCUGUGGCCAAUGCCCACCAAGGUGCAAUGCACGCACUGGAAGAGGCAGGAGCCAAGCCCACAGCUUCCUGGAAACUUCUCGACUUUGACACUCGCUCGCCGAAACUGCAGUGGCUCAUCCCCCACCAUUCGGAUUUGGCUGGAGCCGGCAGCUGCCUGGUUGAGGGCUCCUUUCCGGAGACGUGCUUGCGGCAGCUGGAGGAUCUGUUCGCCUCGCUGCCGAAAGCGGAGAGGACCAAGUCCUGUUCCUCCGACCGCAGCUACUUCUGCGAUUCGGAAGGUGCUGUUCAGAAAGCCUUCCAGAGUGCGGUGGAUGAGACAUUGAAAGAUCACGGGUUGCGAUUAGAAGUUACAAUGCCACACAUGCGCUUCCUGCACUAUGUUGAAGUUGGCGGAGGAUUGCCGCCACACGUGGAUCUGGCGCGGACGGAUGAGCUUGGACGACGUUCGACGCAUACAUUCAUUCUGUAUCUUGGAAAUUGUGUGGGUGGAGGCGAGACUGUUUUGCUGAAUGUCAUGGAGGACACGGAAGAGGCAGUGGUUGCAACUGUGGAGCCAGAAAGAGGAAGGUUCCUGCUCUUCCCGCACAUGUGCCCGCAUUUGGCACGACCAAUUACGGCUCCCAAGCUGCUGCUGCGUCUGGGGCUGAGUUCUCCAUGA